AUGACAUUAGUCAUGAGAAACCACUCAACUGUAACAUCAUUCAUCAUACUGGGAUUGACAGAUGACCCACAACUGGAGAUUCUCGUUUUCAUCUUUCUGAUGAUCACAUAUAUGUUAAGUGUAAUGGGGAAUCUGACUAUAAUCAUUCUUGUCUUGGUGGACUCCCACUUAAAAACAGCUAUGUAUUUUUUUCUUCAAAAUUUCUCCUUCUUAGAAAUCUCAUUCACCACUGCCUGUGUCCCCACAUACCUAUACAUCAUAUCAAGUGGGGACAGAACUAUCACCAUCAAUGCCUGCUUCUGUCAAAUAUUUUUUAUUGUCCUCUUUGGAGCUACUGAGUUUUUCCUUUUGGCUGUGAUGUCCUAUGACCGUUAUGUAGCCAUCUGCAAACCCCUGCACUAUGUGACCAUCAUGAACAGUAGAGUCUGCAGGAAUCUCAUCUUAUGUUGUUGGGUAUCUGGCUUCUUGAUUAUUCUCCCCCCUCUCAGCUUGAGUGUCCACCUGGAAUUCUGUGACUCUGUUAUUGACCAUUUUGUCUGUGAUGCUUCUCCACUACUAAAGAAUUCAUGUUCAGACACAUGGUUCAUUGAACAGAUGGUUAUAGCCUGUGCUGUGCUGACCUUCAUAGUGACCCUGGUUUGUGUAGUUCUGUCCUAUGUCUACAUCAUUAGGAUGAUUCUAAGAUUAUCUUCUGCCCAUCAAAGGAAAAAAGCCUUUUCUACCUGCUCUUCCCACAUGAUUGUGGUUUCCAUCACUUAUGGCAGCUGCAUUUUUAUGUAUGUCAAGCCUUCAGCUAAGGAUGAAGUGACUCUUAAUAAGGCAGUUUCUCUGCUUACUACAUCAGUUGCCCCUUUGUUAAAUCCCUUCAUUUAUACUCUAAGAAAUAAACAAGUAAAGCAAUCUUUACAUGACACUCUUAGGAGAUUUGUGUUUCAGUCAAAGAAGUAACAGGACAGUAUAUUGGGAACUCAAAUGAACAUAAAAGAGAUUACCUUGAGUUGGGCGGUAGUGCAGUGGGUUAAGUGCACGUGGUGCGAAGAGCAAGGACCAGCGUAAGGAUCCCGGUUCGAGCCCCUGGGUCCCCACCAACUGGGGACUUGUUUCACAAGCGGUGAAGCAGGUCUGUAGGUGUCUAUCUUUCUCUCCCCCCCCGUCUUCCUCCCCUCUGUCUUCCUCUCUCCAUUUCUCUCUGUCCUAUCCAACAACGAUGACAUCAAUAACAACAACAAUAAUAACUACAACAACAAUAAAAAAAGGGCAACAAAA